AUGACUACUUUACCAGUUAAUCAUAGCGAAAAUACAAAUGGCGUACGAAAACGAACAAAGUGCAAGAAGAAUUUGUGCAGUGCUGAAACUGUGAAGAAGCGACUUCCAAUAGUAGAAUGGCUGCCGAAAUACAAUACAACAAAGAUCACUCCGGACAUAAUCGCUGGGAUUACGGUAGCACUUACAGCUAUCCCUCAAGGCAUUGCUUAUGCCGUUAUAGCUGGUUUAACCCCUGAAUAUGGGCUAUAUGCGAGCCUGACAAGUGGAAUCGUGUACCUUAUAUUUGGAAGCUGUAUGAACGUAACUAUUGGACCAACUGCUAUUAUGGCAGCAAUGGUUUCCAGAUACGUACACAACUAUUCUGCUGAUUUUGCGGUUUUAAUGGCCUUUAUAGUUGGAGUAGUAGAACUAACUAUUGGUAUACUGCACCUCGGAUUCUUAAUAGAAUUCAUUUCGAUGCCAGUUAUAAGCGGAUUCACAACUGCAGCAGCUCUUCAGAUAGCUUCAUCACAGUUAAAAGCUUUAUUUGGCCUCGAUGGACCUUCUGGUGAUAACUUCGGACAUUCAGUGUAUAACUUUAUAUUAAAUAUCAGAACUAUGAAACUAUGGGACCCCAUACUCGGCUUCUUGUCUAUUGGCGUUCUUGCUCUUCUGAAAAGAUUUGGUGAAGGAUGUGGUCGCAACGAUGCCACUGUGAAACAACUAAAAUGGUUAAUUUCUCUAAGCCGUAAUGCUAUAGUUGUCGUCGUCGGAAUGAUAAUAGCUUACAUUUUAAAAGUGGUUACUGACACGGAGCCGUUAAUUUUAAUUGGUGAAAUUGGAGAAGGCCUUCCUAAAGUUACACUUCCGCCGUUUACUACUACAGUUGGUAAUGAAACUUACUCAUUUGUAGACAUGUUACAAGUAUAUGGAAUCCAAUCAAUCAUUAUCCCUUUGGUUGCUAUUCUACAAACAAUAGCAAUAUGUAAGGCAUUUUCAGGAGGGAAACCUGUUGACGCUACACAAGAAAUAAUAGCUGUUGGCCUUUGUAACAUUAUUGGAUCAUUUGUAAGAAGUAUGCCAAUAACGGGGUCAUUUACACGAACGGCAUUGAACCAUGCUUCUGGCGUACAAACCCCUGCAGGAGGCAUUGUUACAUGUCUUAUCAUCCUUCUUGCACUCAGUUUGCUAACGUCGACAUUUUACUUUAUACCCAAAGCUUCUUUGGCCGCUUUAAUUAUGACUGCCAUGUUCUCAAUGAUUGAAUUCGCAAUAUUUGGCAGACUGUGGAGGAAUAAUAAACUAGAAUUGUUUUUUUUACUUGUCACAAUGCUAGUUGGGAUGUUUGUUGGAUUGGAAUAUGGUAUACUUGUUGGUAUUAUUGUAGAAGCAGCCACUUUGCUUUACUUAACAGCGAGACCAAAAAUUGAUAUAAACACAGUCAGUACUGACAAAGGACAAAUUGUUAGAAUACCCUUAAAUGGUAGAUUGUCAUAUUGCGCUGCAGAACAUGUUCGACGGAAAGUUCAAAAAGCUGCACAGAAUUAUAACGCUUCCAAUAACAUUAUAGUCGUAGACGGAAGUAACUUGAGGAAAAUUGACUCAACCGUAGCUUCAAAUCUGAUGACAGUUGCUCAAGACUUAGACAAAACGUCUCGAAAAAUUGUUUUUUUGAAUUUUCCGAAUGAAAUAGUAAAGCUGUGUCUUGAUUUAAAUCAAAAUCAUAUUCAUAAAUUUAUAAUAUCAUCCAAUGUUUUGAUCAUGGGAAAAAUAUAUAUCUGUUAUCUGAAAUAUCUAGUAAAGUAUUUAGAACAUACUUAA